AUGGGUAUAUACAUGACAGAUAAUGACAUUUGGGAUGAACUUGCUGAUUUAGAUGAUAUAUUACUAUAUAGCAGGAAAUAUGAUGUGCACUCUUUGGAAGGGAAAAUAAAUAACUAUAUUGUAAAUAUAGAAAAGAAGUGGAGUAAAAUAAACAAUACAAAACUUUUGGAGGCAAGUUCUAAUAGUUCUAAUUUUAGUACUGAUGGAAUAGGAUUGAAUUUAAUGCAAAUAGCUCCACCUUGUGAAAAGGAGGUAUAUAUCAUUAAGAAGAUACAAGAUGAAAUAUAUAGAAUAGCUAUGGAAUUAGAAUAUUUAAGAAAUGAAAGGCAAAAAAGGCUAAAUAGAAUGAGAGAAAUAACUCAGAAGGGAAAUAUUGAACUUCAAAAUAAUAUUGCUUGUCGGAAUUUGUAUAGUAAGGACCUAGCCUCUAUAACAAUAGCUCAAUCAGCUGAAGAAGAAGGGGAUGAUACUGAAGAAGCUUGUGACUUUGAAAUGGAAAAUAAUAGAGAUAUAAAGGUUGCAAAGAAACGUCGACCUCACAGAAGAUAUUUUAGAAGAAAAGCUAGUACUACUAAGGAGAAAAGUGAUUUGGAUGAAGCUGAUCGUCUACUAAGAUCUAGAACACCUCUUGAAAUUAUUCACUUAUCUUCUAAAUAUUAUACCUGGUUGGCUAGAAAUGCUUUUCAAAAUAGACCUAAUAAACAACUGAACCCUUUGGAAAUACCUAUAGCUCAGGAUAUAUUAAGAGGACCUUUUAUAUAUGGAAAUGUGAAUGAAAUAAUAGAAACAAGAUUUAUGAAUGAAAGAAAGGCUAUUUAUGAAGAUAUGAAUAGUGAAUUUUUAUCUCAUAUCUUACUUUGGCUUAAUGUAACAAAUAUCCGUAAUAUAGACAAAUUUGAUUAUUCAUUUAUGUUAAAGCAGACUCCAUAUGAGGUUUUAAUGGAUAAUAAGAAUAGUGUAAAUAAUCCGAUUUAUGGUAUCCAAUUUAUUGGAAAGCCUAUUGAACUUAAUUCUCAUACAAUAGAACAAAUAUAUGAAGAAAAUUUUAUAUCAAAUGAGAAUUUCAAUAAAAUAUCAGCAAAUUACUCUAAUAAUCAAAGUAGUUCUACAGUGAAGAGUUCCGGAGUUUCUAGUGGAAAUAAUCUUCCACAUUAUAAUUAUGUUGCUUCUGUAAUGGAGAAUUCAAACAAAGUUUAUAAAAUGGCAAGAAAAAAGGUAAUUUUGUCAAUACGUCGAAGUGCAAUACCAGUAGAAUAUAGGGAAACAAUGAAGUUUCGAAUGAAAUUUAUUAACAUGGAGAGGAGGGAGUCUGAAAAUAAUUCAUUUAUGAAAAGUACUGAUGAAGAUUACUCAAAAGUUGUAAAUAGCGAAAAUAAUAAAGACUUCUCUAACACUUCAAAGGACAGUUUUACAAUUUUGGAUGCUUUGAAUAUUAUUAAUGAGACUAGAAAGCAAACAAUUGAUGCGAUAAAGUUGUUAAUUCUAGAAAUUGAAAGUUAUUUGCAAUCUCUAAGUGCUGAAACUCAAAUGCCAUACAUGGUUGCAGUCCAUCGGUUUCUAGAGGAUGAAUUAAAGAUAUUGGAGGAUGAAAAGUCGAUAAAUUCACUAGAUAUUCCAGUAGUGAAUAUAUAUAGAGAUGAUAUUGUUGAAAAUCGUCUUAUCGAAGAGCAUCUAGAGGUUACUUUGAGUAUACCUCCUUAUAUUUCUUUAGCACCUUUUUGUAGAGCAUUAUGCUAUCCAAAUAAUAAAUAUGAUACUUUAUAUAAAAAUAAAUCUAUUGCUACUGUAUAUAAUCCGGGUUAUAGUGAAUUUUACCAUCCUAUAUGCUUAUCUGGAAGGUCUAAAUCAAUUAUACUUGUUCAAAAAGUAAUAAGUAAGAGAAAACGUCAAGUAAAUCAAAAUUUAAAGAAACUGAAAGGUCUUCUACCAGUUAUAUACAAGAAUUAUUCACAAUAUGUAAAGAAUCUUGAUAUGAUGAGAUGUCAGACAAGGGAAGGAAAGGAGUUUAUUUGGGGCUGCUUACCAUUACGUGCAAAAGAUCACAUUAAUCAAUGUGUUCCACUACCUAUAGGUUAUGCUGAGAACGAGGAUAGAUAUAAACCAUACCGUAAAUUUAUGCAUUUAUUACCAAACGCGAAGAUAAGUAACAAAUUAAAAGUGCUCAAGAUGGCUUCAAAUGAGAAUUCCAUUCCUUUAUUAUACUCUUUUUCUAAUAGUUUGUUUAUAAAUGGAAAUACGGAUAUUCCUUUUGACAAAAGAACUACUAUUACCUCUAGCUUGCUAAAUAAUACUGCAACUAUUGGAAGUAUUCCCUCUAGUAAUUCACUAAUUAGUAGUAAUAUUGCUCAGAAAGAUCCAAUUCAUACUUCAAACUACCAAACAAGGAAUUCCAAUAAUAACCUAACAGCUUUGAGUUCAUCUCAUUCACCACAUACAAAUUUAGCUCAGAGUAAUAGCUCGAGCUUGAUUAAUCUUACUUCAAACACAACAUCAAUGAGCGUUAGUAGUUCCAGUGGAAGUACUACAACAGGUACAGUUAAUAUAAAUACAUCGGUAAUACCCGGACUACAAAUUAAAAAUAGAGAACGAGAGAAGGAUAUUGUUCACCAGAAAGAAGCUCAGAGAGAAUGGAUGCAAACAUCUUCAUCUAGUUUAAUGGGUCCAUCACCAUUAUGGUUUGAUAAUUGUAUGUUUAAUUUCACACCCUCAAUAUCAUAUGGUUUUCUAAAUUAUGAUAAACAAUAUGUUCAAGUAUGGAAUAAUAAUAAUAAGAUUGAGGAUGCAAAGUUAUAUGAGACUAACCUAUAUAUGACUAGAUUAUGGUCAUUGAGUGAAAUUAGAACAUUUAUUGAAAAAUAUUUGAUGUAUCCAAAGGAUUUUAGAAGGAUCGCAUCAUUUCUUGAGUAUAAGACAAUUAAAGAUUGCAUUUCAUUCUAUUAUAAAUAUAAGUAUACAUUGGGGUUAAAACGUAUAUUAAAACUUAUUUUAUACUCUAGAAUGAACUCUAAGUUAGAUUCAAAUUUUGAUACUAGCAUUAUUUCUAGUAAUAAUGAAUCAAGUUUAUCAUCUCUAACAAAUCAAAGUGAUAUAUGGAAUAGUGUCAUUUCAACAAUUGAUUGUUUGAACAUAAUAAAUCAAAAAAGACAUGCCUAUCGUGAAGGUAUUGUUGAUGAGAUUUUGCGAUCUCUGAAUCCACUAAAUGUAUAUCCUGAAGAAAUGAAAUCUUGGUGUUUGAGAAAUAAGCUGAUCAAUAACACCGACAUUUUUAGUGAAAGAAUUUUAAGUCAAGCAUCUUCCAAACGUAUAUUAAGUGACCCAGCAUCAAUAUUUAGAUUUCCAGUUUUAGAGAAAUCAAAUAAACUUUGGACAAGAUAUGAUGAAGAUAUGUAUAGAAUCUUAUUUAAAGUCGGUAAAUACCAGCUAAACUUAAACCAAAUAAAUAUGGAGAAUCCAAAAACUGGUUAUAUUCUACCUAAAACUUUACAUGGGCUUAUAGCUCCAUACCAUCCCUUACUCAUUGAUGAGGUAACAAUUCAAAUACCAAAUAAUAUACCUUUAAUUUUAGAUAAAACUAUUUUUGAAAAUAAUAAUCAGAUAUCAGAUCAUAUAUUAAAUCCAUAUAUUUCAAUUAAGAAAUUUGGUAUUGCAGCAUUUAUGCAUUUAUUUUGUAAUCAGUUACUCCCAUCUGGAUUAAUUGGAACUGCUUCAAAUAAUCAAAAUAAUAAGAUAUUGAAGAUGCCUUCAACUUCUAAUAAUUUAUCAGGGAAUCCUCUAAAUGAUCCAAAUAAUAUGAGUUCUAAUCCGGCACUUAUUAAUAAUCUGAGUAACCAAGUAGGAAAUAUCCAAACUAGGAGUGGAAGAUCUAUAAGAAGUAGCAACCGUGGUAAUACAGUUAAUAUUACUACUGGUAAACGUAAGAGAGCUUCAAAUAAUAAUAAUCCUGGUGAUUCUACUGCCUCAUCUAGUACUCGAAAUAUAAAACUAAAAGUGAAAUCUUCAAAUAAUACUGAUGAAUUUAUAGAGGAUAAAUUGCACACUAAUAUACAAAUUGAGCAAGGGAUAUCAACUGACCAACCACUUUUUCCUUUCAUCUCAUUACCUUCUCAGCCGUUAAUACAAAUGAGUUCAUCUAGAUAUAUAAAUCCUAUUCAAAAUGUUUCAACUAAUAAUGAACUUAAUCGAAAUCUUAUAAAUCAGCAAAACUGGGAAAAUUUGAUAAUGAAUCAAUAUAUUCAACAACAGAUUUUAUUUCAACAAUCUCUUCAAGAACACUUUCGUAAUUUUAAUAAUAUAUCCCAAAAUACCCAAGGAACUCAGAAUUUUAAUUCAAUGCCAAGUACUUUGAUCAAUAAUGUAGCAGCUUUACUACAACAAAUUCAACUACAAUCUAUACAACAAUUACAACAACCUUGCACGUUCAUAUUCCACAAUGAUACUAUGAACCAUUCUAAUUUUGGACAAGUUGAACCAAACAUAAAUAAUCAGACUAGCACAAAUAUUUUUCCUAAUAAUAGUUCUACACAGCAAACAAUUUUACCUAACCCUAUAUCAAAUGUACCAAUUCCAUCUUUACAAUCUCUUCCAGUGAACCAGAAUUUAACUUAUACAAAUAUGCUUGUAGACUCAACAAACCCGACUUUUAUGCAAUUUCAACAAAAUGGGUAUCCAGCUUCAAUACUUCAGUUGUUACACCACUCAUCGAGAGAUUUAAAUAACAAUAUAGUAGACAGAUCUACAACAUAUACAUCAAAUAAUAGGAAUAUUUCUUUACAAUCUAAUCCAUUUAUAAAUACAAUUAUUGAAUCUUUUGCAAAAUCGCAGAAUCAAUCUAAUCCUAAGUAA